GCUUAUAAAAUCUAGACUAGAAAUUAUGGAAUCUAAGAAAUAAUAAUAAAAAAAAAGUCUACUGCUAUAUUUUUGUGGGUGUGGAGUGUCUUGAAGUAUAAAGAUCAUUUCUGCCAAUUUGCUUCUCGAGAACAACGGCCUGAGAGAGAGAGAUAGGGGAGGAGGAGAAGAGGUUGUAGAGAUGUCUUUAUUGGUUCAUCUGAGACAGCUUUUGCUUCAAAACUGAGAUUGAAAGAUUUUGUUGUGAUACAAGAUGGAUUUUUCAGAGCAUACGAGGAUUGUGUUCAAUAGAAUUAAGAAACUGGAACCAGAGAAUGUUACUAAGAUUAUUGGCUAUCUUCUUUUACAAGAUGGUGGUGACCAAGAAAUGAUUAAUCUGGCUAUGAGUCCUGAUGUGGUUAUUCAAGAAGUGAUUUAUAAGGCUAAAGCUGAACUAAAUCAAUUAGCCCUUAAAUCAGCAACUUCUCCAAUCUCACCAUCCAUGAAUUCACCACCUGUUUCCUCACCGUUCGCUCCUUUCUUUCCUGUGUCUUCUCGGUCCUUUUUGUCGCCAGCAGCAGGCUUCCGACCCCCUUCUUCCUAUUGGGAAUCUCAAGUUGGAGCUAAGCAUAAUUCAGAUUUUGCAUCCAUGGGCUACCUGGAUUCUGUUUCUGAGCUCCAAAACCAAACUCAGUUCUUGAGUUUGGAAGAUCAAAUAGAGCCCGUCAACUUGGGAAAUAUGGGGUUCCCAAGUGAUUAUUUCAACUCGGAUGCUGCAGUGGCUAAUUUAAGUGCAAGGGCAUGUCACCGUUAUUCAAGCUUAAAUGAUUUCCCAGUUAAGACUUGUCACUAUUUCAACAAGGGUUUUUGUAAGCACGGAAGUAACUGUCGAUACUAUCAUGGACAAGUCUCGGAGAGCUUCCCUCGAACAUUUGAUGCUAUCGAUGAAGACCAAAUUUUCUCACCAGGGUCACUUAAGAAGUUGGAGUUGGAAAUCAUAGAGCUCUUGAAAUCAAGAAAAGGCAAUCCUGUUUCAAUUGCUUCUUUACCAAUGAUAUACUACGAGAAGUAUGGAAAAGUUCUUCAAGCAGAAGGGUACCUCACAGAGAGCCAGAGACAUGGGAAAGCUGGUUAUAGUUUGACUAAACUUCUUGCUAGAUUGAAAAACAGCAUUCGACUGAUCGACAGACCUCACGGUCAGCAUGCAGUAAUGUUGGCUGAAGAUAUUCCAAAAUACAUGGAAAAUUGGGGUGACAGAAAUGAUCCCGGUCCAAUUGUUAGUGGAUCACGGCAGAUAUAUCUAACCUUCCCAGCGGAGAGCACUUUUACAGAAGAUGAUGUCUCCAACUACUUCAACACCUUUGGACCAGUUGAGGAUGUAAGGAUUCCCUGCCAACAGAAAAGGAUGUUCGGCUUCGUAACAUUUGAAAGUGCAGAUACUGUGAAGAUGAUUUUGGCAAAAGGAAAUCCUCAUUUUGUUUGUGGUGCUCGAGUUCUUGUGAAACCUUACAGGGAAAAAUCAAAGCUUAUUGAUAGGAAGUAUCAGGAGAGAAUUGAACCUCCAAUGUAUUUCUCUUCUCAGUAUGUAGAUAUGGAUUCUGAGCUUCAUCCAAUGCCAAGAGGAUACGAGACCUCAAGGUUGCUGAGGAAGCAGCUAAUGGAAGAGCAGGAUCCAGCAUUUGAAUUUCGGAGGAGGCAACUUGCAGAGUUGCAAAUGCCUCGAAAGCCAAUGUCCAAUCAUUCCUAUUUUGGCUACUCUUUGGAUGGGCUUAAAGUCUCAGAAGAUAAUUUCAAUUUGCCAUCCACUGAACGUUUUAGUUGUCAAGCUCUGUUUGACGCUUUGAACAGUGGCUCAGUGAGUGAUGACAAAUUCAGGCAUACAGAGACCAAUUACAUGGAUCCGGACAGUCAAGGACUGAACUUACCAGAGAGUCCGUUUGCAUCUCCAAUAGCUAGCAGCAUUUCUACAGUUAUAUAGGUUCAGCACGCAGAAGAAUUAUAGAGUUACCUGAACAAAGGCAACAGCAACAUCUUCGGUUUGAUACAUAACAGCACCUUUUUUUCGCGUUUUUCCUUCCGUCUUCUCUUAACUUGUUCACCAAUGUUUACAGCUAGCACAAAACGGCUAAUGAAAGAAACAAGAAGAAUCUCCUCCUAAAGGAAGUAGCAAAACAGAAUAUGAUACACAGAAAUACACGUAAGAAUGCUACAGUUUUUCUAAUGUUAGAGAAACAAUGCAAGAAGGUUUGAAUAUUAAGUAGCUAAGAUGUAAUUAGUCUUUAGCGGAUCAAAGGAAUUAGAACAUAUGCAGUGUUGGGAGAAGUUAAUGUUUAAAACCUCUGCAACACUCACUGAUAGAUGAAAUAACUUCAACAGAAGGAUUAGUAGUUGGCUUAUACCAGUUUAGCAAAAGUUGUUUAUAGUCUUUCCAUUUUCUGUUUACAAGGUAGGCAUGCUUUUGCCUUUGUUUUGGCUUAGGCACAAAGAAUCAUUAUCCGCAAUUUUCAAUAGUUACUUGCCUCA